CACAACACGCUCCUCUGUGCUUGAAGUUUAUGUUUUGCUGGUGUUCCUGGUGGUGGCCAACAAAAACCCUAAAUUGAUUUCACUUCUCCCUGAACGCUUUCAAAUAAAAACAGGAAGAAAUCGAAGGUCAGUUCAUGCUUGGCUUCGAUUUUGAAGUUCUUUCCACUGUUCCCUCUUCUCAAUAUCAAUCUCUAUCCUCUCUCAAUCUCAUCUGUAAAGUUGGCGAUACUACUUAUCACCGCCUUAUCCAUGAAGGUAUCCGCUAUAUGGUGGUGUUGUCUCGAUUGCGGCCGCCUCUUUCAUCGAAUCGCAGAGAACAGAAACGUCACCGCCAACGACACCUCGACCUACUUCUCCUGGUCUCUGAUUCCCCCUCCACCGCCUGGUUUGGCCAGGGGCUUCCCGAUUUCCAUUUUGGGUCCUUGCUUACCAAAAAUAAGCCAAAACGGGGGUAUCUGCAUCUUUUGGUGUUCCUGAUGUACUCCAAUGGUUAUGGGAUUCCAAAGGAUACCCAAAAGGUCUUUCUUAUUCUGUUUUGGUCUCUGGUCAUAAAAGACCAUGUUUUUGGGUGUAUCGGGAAAGACAGAAAGAAGAAAAAGCCACAUGUUGAGGUCUACAGUGGAAUUAGUGAAUCAAAGACAGAAGCAGGAAAAUGGAGCCUAUGCCAUCCAAGAGAGUACUGUGGAUCUCUUCUAUAUUUAUAUGAGACUGGAGACCAUCUUCGUGUACACUGUAAGAACUUAAGUGAAUUUGUCGAGGAUGCUGAAAGAUUGGUAAGGUUAAAUAAUUAUGAGUUUCAAAACACUCCCCAACAAGAAAUAGAUGAAAACCUUGAAUUCAGAGCCCUUCUAACUGGAUUUGCAUGGAAGUCAUACACGAUCUAUCAAUGGCUGAAUUCAACAUGUUCGGCUUAUUAUGUUCAAAAGAUGAGCUAUCAAUUAGUGCCUACUAUUUCUUUCUAUAAGAUUUAGUAUAAUAACAACUUCCUUUAUACAAUUAAACAAAUGCCUGCAACUUUUUGACAAUUGUGUAGUUUUGAUAUACCACAUGGCAAGAACUAUGUUAGGGAUCAUUGAUAGUUGUCAUCAAAUUGGUUGUUUGUAUUUGGGUUUAUAACUCCACUUUUCUUUUCCUUUUCAGCAAAAUAUAUCCUUUUAUAGAAUGUUUAUAUUGACUACUUUUAAGUGACGAUUGGAAAAGAUUAUUUUACACCACUAAUAUUCAAGAAUUGAUACUAUGCCAUGUAAUCAAAUGAUUAUGGGAAUGAUGAUGAAAAACAAAAAGAAAUUACAAAAUUAUAUAGAGUUUCGCUUUGGCCUACCUCUUUCCUUACAUUUUUUGUCGCAUACAAAUUGAUGUGGUUGAAAUAUGUGUAUGUUGUUAAUUAUUAUUAGUAUAUAUAGUGUAAGGCUUGCUAUUGAACGAUUUGACAAUUAAGAAUUGUACAUUUAUGUAUAAAAACCCUUUGCAACACAUGUUUCAUGCAUAAACUAC